AUGAGUAACGAAAACCUUGAUCAGAAUCUAAACGAUUCGCAAACUGCUGAACCAUUAAUUGAUACCUUCGAUCUCAUUUUUUUACUUAUUGCCGGAGCUGUUGCCGUUGUAUAUAUCUAUAAAGAUGCUAUAUUUGGUAACAAGAAAAUUGGUACCGCACAACCUGCACCAAUAUCGAAUUCUACGCUCAAACCUGCAGGUCCACCAAAGAAAAAUAAAGAUUUUCUCAAGAGAAUGAGAGAUACGGAUAAGAACGUUAUUCUUUUCUACGGAUCCCAAACUGGAACCGCUGAAGAUUAUGCUUCUCGUCUUGCAAAAGAAGGCCAACAACGUUUUGGUCUCAAAACUAUGACCGUUGACGUUGAGGAUUGUGACAUGACCCUUCUUGAUAAAUUUGAGAACGACUAUAUAGCUUUCUUUAUAAUGGCUACCUACGGUAAUACACCCAGUGAAGGUGAACCUACCGAUGAUGCUGUCGAUUUCUGGGAAUUGAUCACCACGGAAUCCCCCGAAUUUUCGGAAGGAAUACCAGUUGAAGAGAAACCUUUAUCUUCUCUUCGUUAUGUCGUGUUCGCUUUGGGAAAUAGAACAUAUGAACAUUUCAACGCAGUUGGAAGAACCGUCGAUAAAAAAUUGACUGAAUUUGGUGCUUCUAGAAUUGGUGAACGCGGUGAAGGUGAUGAUGAUGGUAGUCUAGAAGAAGAUUUCCUUGGUUGGAAAGAGGAUAUGUGGAAAGCUGUUUGUGAAGCUAUGCAAAUCGAUCAAAGUGAAGUUAAAACUGGGGAUCGCAUCUCUGCUUAUAAAAUUACUGAAUUGGAAACUUUUGACAGUAAUAAUGUUUAUUACGGUGAAUACAAUGAGCACAGUCUAAUGAUUAAUUCAAUUCGCCCGACUUAUGAUGCCAAGAACCCUUAUCCAGCUCCAAUUACCAAUACUCACGAUCUUUUUAAAUCUACCAUUCGCAAUUGUGUUCAUUUAGAGUUGGACAUUGAAGGGUCUGGUAUUAAUUACGAGGCUGGUGACCAUGUUGCUAUUUGGCCCAUGAAUGCCGAACAAGAUGUUGUAAGAUUGCUUAAAAUAUUGGGUCUUUGGGAAAAGAGAGACACUGUUGUCUCAGUUGAAAGUACAGAUUCAACUGUAUCUAAAAAAUAUCCAUUCCCAAUCCCAACAACUUAUGCAACUAUUUUCAGAAAUUAUCUUGAUAUCCAUAUUCCAACUUCACGUCAGUUCAUUGCCAAUUUGGCAAAUUUCGCACCAACCGAGGAAGGCAGAUCUAAGCUCACUGCUUUGGGUCAAGACAAGGAAGCUUAUCGAGUUCAAGUUUCUGAUGCACAUCUUACAUUAGCUGAAGUUUUGGAAUCGAUUUCUCCAGACGGAAAUCCUUUGAACUCUAUUCCUUUAGACUUAAUUAUCGAGACCCUUCCGAGAUUACAGGCUAGAUAUUAUUCAAUAUCAAGUUCGCCGAAAUCCACACCUACAUCAAUUCACGUUACUGCUACUGUAUUAACCUUUAAUCCCUCAACAGCACCUCAAAAGACUGUAUACGGUCUUGCAACAAAUUAUUUAUUACAAGUCAGUCGUGUACUAAGAAAUAUUCCACAUCCAGAAUCAUUACCAUCCUAUUUAUAUUCUGGACCAAGAAAUAAAUAUUGUGAUGAAGCAACCAGCAAAAUUAUGUUGCCCAUACAUGUUAGACAUAAUAAUUUCAAAUUACCUAAAGAUCUCAAGACUCCUGUUAUAAUGGUUGGUCCUGGAACAGGUAUAGCACCUUUCAGAGGGUUUGUUAUUGAAAGGGCACAUUAUAAGGCUCAAGGAGAGGAAGUUGGUGAUACAGUUUUGUUUUUCGGUUGUCGAAGACGAGAUGAAGACUUUUUAUACGAAAGCGAGUUAAAUGAAUUGUUUGCCACUCUCGAUAAGAGUGGAAAAUUGAUAACGGCAUUUUCAAGAGAACAAUCACAAAAAGUAUAUGUACAGCAUAAACUUCGUGAGCAUGAUGAAUAUGUUUGGGAUUUACUUUAUAAUCGUGGUGGUUAUUUUUAUGUAUGCGGGGAUGCCAAAAAUAUGGCACGUGACGUUAACUCCGGACUUAUCCAAAUUGCACAAUUAUGUGGUGCAAUGGAUGAAAUUACUGCAACAAACUACGUUAAAGAUUUAAGGAGCAAAGGAAGAUACCUGGAAGAUGUUUGGAGUUAA